AUGUCGGAUCCGGCAGACUACACAAUUGCCUGGAUCUGUGCCAUUACGACAGAAUAUGUUUCUGCGCAGGCGUUUCUCGACGAGAAACAUGCAGGUCCUGAGUUUGUAUCUUAUAAUGAUAACACGAAUUAUACGUUAGGAAAACUUGGCAAGCAUAAUGUUGUCAUAGGCGUCAUGCCCGACGGGGAGUAUGGCCUAUCAGCUGCAACUGGGGUUGUCACAGAUAUCGUGCACAGCUUUCCUAAUAUCAGGGUCGGCCUCAUGGUCGGCAUUGGCGGUGGCGCUCCCAGUGAAAAGCAUGACAUCCGACUUGGUGAUGUUGUUGUCAGCGCUCCUCGUGAUGGUAAUGGUGGUGUUUUUCAAUACGACUUCGGCAAAACAAUCCAGGGUCAGAAAUUCCAAACCACGAAGUUCCUAGAUCAACCCCCUGCUCUUCUCCGCAGCGCGAUUGCCGAUCUGAAAGCUGAAUAUGAAGGUGAAGGUCAUUGUCUUGAAGAUGCCAUAGAUGUCAUCCUCGAGAAGAAGAGGCCGCAGUUUCGUCAGAAGUACGGACGGCCAGAUCCAAGUAGCGAUAGACUUUAUCGGAGUGAUGUUGUCCACCCCUUUGGGAAAGAGGUAUCUUGCCAAGCUGUCUGCGGUGACGACCUAUCCAAGCUGAUAACUCGACCUGACCGAGCUGAUGAUGACAAUGAGAUAGUCAUCCACUAUGGCCUUAUUGCUUCCGCGAAUCAGUUGAUGAAGGACGCGGUAAUUAGAGACCGCCUUGCAACAGAGAGGAAUGUCCUAUGUUUCGAGAUGGAAGCGGCUGGCUUGAAUCGCUUUCCCUGUCUAGUUAUUCGAGGGAUCUGCGACUACGCAGACUCACAUAAAAAUAAAGAAUGGCAGGGAUAUGCAGCGAUGGCGGCUGCUGCAUAUGCGAAGGACCUCGUCUGCCGAAUCCAUCCUAGGAGGAUUGAAUCUGGAAAACGGAUCAAGGAACUUGUUUCUGAACUCAAGAUCCCAAUAUCGCGAAUUGAGGCAAGCGUCGAAACAAUACUAUCAAAGUCCAGCAAAGAAGAAGACCGGGAUAUCCUUGACUGGCUCACGAGGUUCCAAACUUGGAUUGGUACCAAAGGUCAAACACUGUUUUGCAAGGGAAUUCCAGGAGCAGGGAAAACUAUAAUCGCAGCAACAGUGAUUAAGAAACUUAUGAAUGAGUUUCAAAAUAACCACGAGAUCGGAAUCGCAUAUAUAUUUUUAGUUUCCGGCGGCACGAGGAGCAAAAGCCGGAAGACAUUCUUUGGACAACUAAGCUCACUCCCCUCACUCCCAGAACCAGUACGGGCCCUCUAUAAGAAUCAUAAGGAGGAAAACACAAGACCGCUGGUCAAUGAUCUUAUAAAGGCUGUCCAGGGUGUGGCCGCCCUAUAUUCAAGAGUUUUUAUUGUUUUCGACGCGCUUGAUGAAUGCAGAUCUCUAGAUGGGUGUCGGGAACAAUUAUUUGCUCAUCUCUUCGUCAUUCAGAGUAAAGUUCAAGCGAACGUCUUUACCACCUCCCGGCCGAUCCAAGAUAUCGAAGCAAAGUUUCAAAACAGUCUUUCAUUGGAAAUUCAUGCUACUGACGAGGAUAUACAACGAUAUCUCACCAGCCAGAUUUACAAAUUGCCAUCGUUUGUUACUCACAAUUCUGACUUGCAAAACAAGAUUAAGAUUAGAAUAACCCAGGCUGUGGAUGGAAUGUUCCUUCUGGCACCACUUCACAUUGGUACUUUGGCUCGGGAGCCCACUGUAGGGCAUCUAGAAACAGCGUUGGACAACUUGUCCAGUGGCAUAGAUGAAACGUACCACCAAACAAUGAUAAGAAUCGAAGAGCAAGGCGGAGGCCUUCGAGACUUGGCAAUCAAAGUUCUAUCUUGGGUUUUCCAUGCAAGAAGACAACUCAAUACAGCCGAGCUACAACAUGCGCUUGCAGUCCAACCAGGGACGUCAGAGCUAGACGAGAGAUACAUACCCGAUCUCGAAAUCAUCGGGUCGAUAUGUGCGGGCAUGAUCACGACUGAUACUCAAAGUGAUGUUAUUCGAUUGGUUCACUAUACUACGCAAGAAUACUUUGAACGGACGCACACACGGUGGUUCCCAGACGCAACAGCGAUGAUAGCCGAAACAUGCGUCACUUAUCUCUCCUAUGACAGAUUCGAAAUGGCGUCUUCUGGCAUAAAGCUAUUGGAUCACCUGUCAGAUGUUAUGAAGGAUAAUAUCCUUUCUGAGGCCAAAACGUCCUCAUUCUACCAAUACGCAGCAUGCAACUGGGGCCAUCAUACUCGUGAAGCCUCAGAUUUGUGUCCGGGUGUGAUAGAUUUUCUGCAACACGAAUUCAAUGCGACAGCCUCCGCCCGCGCAUUGAUGGCGUCCAGUCCCCAGUAUAGCGCAACGACGCCUGAGUGGACCGGUCUUCAUCUGGCUGCGUUCUUUGGAAUCGAAAAAGCCCUGGAAAUAAUGCUUCGUGAGGGGGUAGAAGUAAACUCACAGGAUCAGUAUCAUAGGACGCCCCUUUUUUGGGCUGCUGGAGCUGGGUAUGAGGCUGCCGUGAAGGUUCUCUUGGAACAAGGCGCUGAGGUCAACACGGAGGAUUAUUAUUACCAGACGCCUCUUUCCUGGGCUGCCGAGGGUGGGUAUGAGAGCGUGGUGAGGCUACUUCUAGACAACGGGGCCAAGAUCGACGCAAAGGACAGCGACAGCCAAACGCCACUAUUCGAGGCUGUUACAGGUGGGCACGAGGCUGUCGUGAGGCUGUUGUUGGAUCGAGGGGCUGAUAUUAAUGCGCAGGAUGGUGAGGGUUGGACGCCAUUCCUGGAGGCUGCAUGGGGUGGGCACAAAGCCGUUGUGAACCUCCUGCUAGAUCGAGGGGUGGAAGUCAACCUACCCGGAAUCCAACGUUGGGCCCCAAUAGUGGAAGCAGCCAGAGGCGGACAUGAGGCGGCCGUGAAGCUGUUGCUGGACCGGGGAGCCCAAGUGGAUGCAGAAAACUUCGGUGGCCGCACGGCAAUGUCAGAGGCUGCUAGAGGUGGACAUGAGGCUGUUAUGAAGAUGCUUAGGGAUAAGGGGGCUAAAUUGAACAACGCAGAACGACCGGCGUUGUCAGAGGCUGCUAAGGGUGGGCAUGAAGGAGCAGUUAAGUUACUGUUGGACUGGGGGGCUGACAUUGAUGCGGCAUAUAGUUCCAAAAAUCAAGAGGCGACCAAAGUACUGUUUGGUCGGGGAACUGAUAUCAAAGCCGUAGGCAUAUCCGGUCUAUCGGCGGUGUUACAUGCUGCUAUAGGCGGACACGAGGCCGUUAUCAAGAUGUUGUUUGAGCACGGCGGGCCUGAGUGGUGUGUGACGCAGUUGGUACAUUGGACGGGAGCAGGUUUUACGGAUCAUGAAGCUCGGAUGCGGUUCAAAGCUGCUGCUAAGGGUGGGAUCGAAGCAGCCGCGAAACUCUUGAUAGAUCAAGCUUGGAACAGCGGGGUUGAGAUAAGUACCAAUGUUCUACAAGUGUUGCAAGCGGCUGCUAAUGGUGGGAUUGGGGAACUUUCCAAGAAAUUAGUAGACAUAACAGCCAGAAUGAGGAAAAGUGAGAAUAUGUAUUUUAGCCAUCCAUAG